AUGUGGGCCGCAUACCAAGGGGACGCUAUCUCUGUCGACAUCAUUAUCAAACAUGGGGCCGAGGUAACACUACAAGACGAAAAGGGCAUGACCGCGCUUCACUGGGGUGUCGUAAAGGCAAAUAAGUCUGUUAUUCGAAGACUGGUAGAGGCUUCUCCUGGACUGCUCCAGGUUCGCGACGAAACUGGAAAGACACCACGAGAGUUGGCGCAGAGUCUCAAGAGCUUUAUUCCGUUCAAGAAGGCUUUGGAGGAAGGUGGCCUGGAUGAGAUGGGUAUCCCUCUCAAGCGUCCCGUUCUCUCAGAUCGCAAUACAAAGCUCGCUAUCCUCAUCCUCCCUACUCUCUGUCUCGGUGCCAUCUUUAAGACGUUCGAGAUUCUGCCAUGGUGGACUGCUCUUCCCUUGGCGGGUGCAGAGUUCUUUGGAAUGCACCACGUUGUCAGCCGGGUUCUCCUAGGCGCGAAACAUGGUACUGGUGAAGGGGGUUUGACAAAUUCUCCCUACUGUGCUGUUGGGUAUUUUCUAACACAACCACUAGACACCCCCGGAUACGCCACCGCCAACUUGGCCUUCGCCCUCCUUUUCAUCUUAUGUGCAUAUAAUCUGUUCCGCGCCAUUACUCUUGAUCCCGGAGUCUGCCCUCUACCCGCAAGUGACGAGGAAAAGAAACUGAUCAUUGAGAACUUGACGAGUGAGGGACGCCUCAAUGGUCAGACCUUCUGUGUCAGCUGUAUGGCUCAGAAACCUCUUCGAAGCAAGCACUGCAGACACUGCGACAAGUGCAUUGGAAGACAUGAUCAGUAUUCAUUGCCCGUGGGUAUGGAAUUGCGUGGGCGUGGGCAACCACCGACAAUUCCUCGUCUUUGUCACUACGCUUGUCGUCGGUAUCAUGGUGUUCGACUAUCUGGCAUUUGCAUGUACGUGUAUCCUUUGUUUGUUUGGGAGAUCCCGACUAAAUGUAUCUCUCUAGUCUUCACGCUCAACACGCCAUUCCCUCCUUCAGGUCCACCACCGACUGUCCCAGUAUACUCCUUCAUACGCUCGCUAGUCGGUUCAGACGUCCCACCAGCUCACGCUGCUUCACAUACCGGAACUCCACCUCCAGCCGAGGAUCCAAUGGGCGCUUGCAUUCUACCGGACUCGCUAUGUGCAGCUACCCAAUUCGACUCGUUCCUCACCUCACUUCUCUUCUGGACCAACCUUCAACUACCCUGGACGUUCUUGUUACUCGGUAGCCAGGUCUGGCAAGUGUGUCGGCAGAUGACCACAUACGAGGUAUCAAAUCUCGGUCGAUACGGAUGGAUGGGUGGACGCGGUACCAGUUUACAAGGUCAAAUGGGUGCCGUCUCUGCUCUCCAUGCGGCUGGUGGUACCGACGCUGGUGCGGAUGCACUCCCGACUACUCACACCCAUCGACACGCCCAUGGUCAAGGUGGAGUUCUCUCUGGAGGACGAAUGGGCUUCCUGAUGAAGCUCAUGGGACUGGAUCGGUUUACUCAGAGUAAGGACCGAGAGGGCCUUAUCAAGUUGGGAAAAACGAACUCGGUGAAGAAUCCGUUCGAUUUGGGGUUUCGCUUUGUUCAGGUUGGAGUUGACUAUGAGCGUCUGUAUGAGAUACCACCAGAGGGCUUCCGAGAAGCCAAGCGACGAAGAAGGGAACGAAUGGAAGAAGAGGGAUUAUUGAACGAGGAUAGUGGAAGAAAAGGGUUUAUGAGGAGAAUGAGCAUGGGCGGCUGGACGUCGGUUCUUGGAGGACGAAGCCAACGGGAUGGAUACUCGCCAGUUCGGAUGGACGAGAACGUGUAG